AUGGACCUUACAGCUCUCUUCAUGAGACUGCUGAUGGAUGUGUUGGUGCUGUUUGUUGCACAAGUUGACUGCAGUUACUUUGCUCAGAAAGCUGACAGACAGCAGUUUUUUGAAUAUGAGACUUUCACUGUAAAGUGUGAAGAGCUCGGUGGCUUGACUGAAUGGAGAGUCAUGAGGAAGCUCCUCAAAUCAAUUACCACAAAUUAUUCUAACUGGAACUCAUCUGCACCAUCCUGCACCAUUGAUCCUGCCUUCCAAAGACACAGUGGAGAAUACUGGUGUGAAAAUGCAAAGGAAGAAACAAGUGGUGCAGUCAACAUCACUGUCACUGGUGGUUCUGUGAUCCUAGAAGUUCCUGUCCGACCUGUGGUGGAGGGACAUGAUGUGGUUCUUCAAUGUAGAAACAAGAAAACAGAUUCAAAACACAUUGCUGAUUUCUACAAAGAUGGUUCACAACUCGGGACGCGGUAUGAAAACAAAAUGACCAUCCGAAACUUUUCAAAGUCUGAUGAAGGACUCUACAAGUGCAGCAUCUCUGGGGCCGGAGAAUCAGCAGAGAGCUGGCUGGCUGUUUUAAAACAAAGUAAAGCACCCUAUGAGGAUAAUCAUCGUGUUCACAGUGGCUCCACUGAUCUCCUCUCCCCGCUGUGGAUUGUUGUUGGUGUUUUAUUUGUGGCUCUGCUGCUGUUGGUGACUGGGCUGCUUCUUUGCAGGAAACACAGAG